AGAAAGGUAUUCAACCAUACCUUUGGGCCGGCAAUUUAAGUACGUGUUUCCAACUAAAACCUGAUCAAUCUGCUGCUGCUGAGAGAGAGAGAGAUGGAUGGGUGACACUUCUGUUGAUAUUUUCCUGGAGACCUUGAAGAAUCUUAUAACGGGCUCCAACCUCGAUUUUGUCAUAGAUGAGAAACAUCAACAUCAACUUCAAUCUCUUGCCGAGGAGAUAAAGUACUUGAGAGGGUUCCUCAAGAUUACGGAGAAGAAACGCAACGAGCAUUCAGAAAUGAUGAAUUUGGUGAUGCGGAUUAGAGACAUGGUAUCCGAGGCAGAGAACAUCGUAGAACUAUUUGUAGUUCUUGUUUUCGAGGCUAAUCAUGCCCCUGAUUUUCUUCGUGAACAUCAGAAUCAUCUUUCCCGUAGGGACAAGUUUUUUGAACGGUCAAGUCUUCGUAAAACGUUCUAUUGCAACUAUUCUGAGGACCAUCUUUCCCUUGACCUUGGAAGUGUCAAAAAGGAGAUCAAGGCUCUCAUGGCCAAGGUGAAGAAGAUUUAUGAUGAGAAUAUGUAUGACAUCAAUGGAGUAGCAAUCAAAAAACUCAAGCACUCUUCUACCAGACAUGAAGGUAUUGGUACCAGACAUGGAGGUUCAUCAGGAGGGAGCAACACAUCCAUAGUAGUAGAAAAGAAGGUGGUGGUCGGUUUCAAAGAGGAGGUAGAGACAUUAAUGGGAAAGCUUCAUGACAUUGGAGAGGUUGGACGACUGGAGAUUAUAUCAAUCAUUGGCGCUGGUGGAGGCGGCAAAACCACCUUGGCCAGAGAAGUGUACGAUCAUCCUUUGACGUCGCAAAAGUUUGAAAUUCGUGCAUGGGUCAAUGUUUCUCAAGAUUAUGAUAAGACUAUGAAGAGGCAUUUGUUGAUUCGUAUUCUGGAAUCAGCUUUCCUAGGAAAAUAUGAAGAUUACAAGGAGAUUAGUGAGGAUAAGUUGGGAGAAAAGGUAUACAAAUGCUUGCAAGAUAGAAAAUAUCUCAUUGUCAUGGAUGACAUAUGGGGCAUUGAAGGCUGGAAUGAUAUCCAAAGAUCAUUCCCUAGGGACCGCAAGGGGAGUAAAGUCAUGUUCACUAGUCGACUACCUGUUCAAUCUGAUAGCAUCUGUUGUGUCCCUCAUCGUAUGGGUCCCUUACCAAAAAGUUGUAGUUGGGAGUUGCUAGAAAAGAAGGUAUUCGGGAAGAAACGCUGCGCUCCAGAGUUGGUGGAGAUCGGUAAGCAAAUCGCAGAAAAAUGUGAAGGAUUACCACUCGCAAUUGUCGCAAUAGCUGGCAUUCUAGCAAUGGAAGACAAGACACUCGACAUGUGGGAGAAAGUUGCCAAACAUUUAAGUUCAACCAUUGCCAAAAACCAAGAGGGCUGCAUGGAGAUACUAGAACUUAGUUACAAUCACCUACCCCUUCAUUUAAAAGCGUGUUUUCUUUAUAUUGGAGCGCACCCCAAAGGUUAUGAAAUCCCUGUACGCGAGCUGAUAUGGUUAUGGAUUGCGGAGGGAUUUAUUCAGCAAAGUGAUGGGGGGAAAAGCUUAGAGGCCAUAGCAGAAGAUUACUUAAUUGGUCUUAUUGAUAGAAGUCUCGUAAUGGUAGCUAGGAAAAGUGAAUCCCACGGAGGAAUUAAAGCAUGCUGCAUCCAUGAUCUUCUGCGUGAAUUAUGCUUGAAAAAAGCAGAGGAAGAUAAUUUCUUUGUGAAAAUUCACGAGGGAGAUUAUUUUUCACCUUCUACAACAAAUAACCCUCGUCGCCUCUUCUUUGGCCAUCAGUUCUUUGAUAAGGAUCGCCUCUUGUUUGACCAUCAGGUCUUUGAUAUUUCCCCCCCAAGGCAUCAUGCUCGAAACCUUCGAUCUUUUCUGUACCUCUCCUUGCCAAACUCCUCACUUGUACAGAAUCCGUCAUUCUUUGUUGAAUACUUCGAACUUCUCAGGGUGCUGCAUUUAAUCUCCGCUACAAGCCAAGUAGAAUUAGGAAUAGGAGAUCUAGUUCAUUUGAGAUACUUAGCACUUACGUUACCAGAAGGAAAACUUUGUAACCGUGUUCCGAAUUAUUUUCACUACCUCUCGAACCUAGAAACCUUUAACCUCCAAGGUUUUAACGGGGACAAGAUUUCAUUGCCUCGCGAUAUAGUUAAGAUGGUUAAGUUGAGGCAUCUAUAUACUAAAAGGGCGUUAUUCAAAUAUCAUCAUGUUUCUUAUGAUGAAGACAAGGAGAAUAUGUUGGAUAGCUUACAGACCUUGCACCGAAUGUGUAUUUGUGAGCAUUGCCUACGUUUCUUGGAAAGGACUCCCAAUCUUAGGAAGCUAGGACUUAGAGGAGAUCUGGGUUUGCAAGGGGGUGAUCUUUUGAUGCUCCCCGACCUAGAGUUCUUAAAAUGUCUUGAGAUACUCAAUGUUGAUCCAUGGUUCAACAACAAGCGCGUGACACGCACUGGGCUGAAGCUUCCUCCGACUCUUACGCAGCUAACUUUGAGAUUUACGCUCUUGAAGUGGGAGGAGCUGUCAAUAAUCCUCCAAACCCUGCCGAGCCUUAAGGUUCUCAAAUUACUUGUAAACGCCUGUAGUGGAUCAUUUUGGAACACAUGUGAACUUGAGGAGGGGUUCUCUCAACUCAAGUACUUGAGGCUUGAAAAUUUGGAUAUCGAGGAGUGGAGUGCUUCCGCUGAUCAAUUUCCGGCACUUGAGGUCUUAGUGAUUCAACUUUGCGAAAAACUGAAGGGGAUCCCGAUUGAUUUUGCUUAUCUGAACGAACUUAGCAAAAUUAAGGUAGAGUGGUCCAGUCUCUCUGCAGAGGAAUCGGCUAGGGAGAUUCAGGAAGAGCAAAAAAAUACAAAGGGAGAUGAUAAUUGCCUAAAUCUCGUUUUCAGAUAUAAUCAGCCACAUCGGGGGUGCUCGAGAGCAGUGGGGUGUGAACCGUGUGAUUGAGUGCUAUGAUGAUCCCUCGAAUGGACUCAAUUCUUUUCCAAACCAGAUGGGUUACGCUAUCUCAACAACAUAGAAACCAGCCGUUAUAAGUCCAACAGAGAGAGAAUAGGCAGCCGCAGUUGCAAGCUUUCUGCAAUAAACGUUUGUAACUUAUCAGUAUGACUGUUUAAUUAUUUGUCCGUACUUUAGAAAGGCAUUUUUCUUAAUUUGUACUAUGUAUUUGGUUGAAGCCUUGAUUAUUGAGCAAGUCCAGUUUAUAGUUGACAAGACUGCAGUAAAAUAAUUGGUGAUGAUUUUUUUUGGUGGUUUUAUCUUCAUCCUCUCGAGAUUUUUCU